GGAAUGACUCGGAAGCCAAUGCCUACACACUGAUGGACCUGCCUCUUAGAGCCCCAACAGUUAAGUGACUGUAUUUUCAAACUUCUGCAUUUUAAUUUGACACAAAGAUUGGUUUAAGAGAGUUUCAGGACUGAAAGCAGUAUGUGCUCCUUGUGGUUGACAUUAAAUCCGGAAGAUAGAAUACAAAAUCUGCUAUCCAAAUUGCUCAACAGGACAAACAUCAUCUACGGAAAGCCCUGCUGUCUACUGGAAAGAGGGCUUAGCAGUUGGCGUCACCCUGCUGAAACCAUAAUUGAGGAGAGGACAGUGCAAGAUGUUCCUGGUGCCUUUCCUACAGUGGAUGUCCCAGACCAUGCCCAUUAUACAAUUGGGGUGGUCAUUCUUAUAGUGGGGAUCACAGGAACUCUGGGUAAUUUCCUGGUCAUCUAUGCUUUCUGCAGGAGUAGGAGCCUUCAGACUCCAGCCAACAUAUUCAUCAUCAAUCUAGCUAUUAGUGACUUCCUGAUGUCCAUUACGCAGUCUCCAGUUUUUUUCACCAACAGCCUCCACAAACGCUGGAUUUUUGGUGAGAAAGGCUGUGAGCUGUAUGCCUUCUGCGGAGCUCUUUUUGGCAUUACAUCUAUGAUCACUUUGAUGGUGAUUGCCUUGGACAGAUAUUUUGUCAUCACAAAACCUCUGGCUUCUGUUGGAGUGAUGUCUAAGAAGAAGGCCCUAAUAAUCCUGGUAGGAGUCUGGCUGUACUCUUUGGCUUGGAGCCUCCCGCCCUUCUUUGGAUGGAGUGCAUAUGUUCCCGAGGGUCUGCUGACUUCCUGUUCCUGGGACUACAUGACUUUCACACCAUCAGUCCGUGCCUACACGAUGCUGCUUUUCUGCUUUGUCUUUUUCAUUCCUUUGAUUGCUAUCAUCUACAGCUAUGUCUUUAUAUUUGAGGCUAUCAAGAAGGCCAACAAGUCUAUUCAGACAUUUGGAUGCAAACAUGGAAAUAAAGAGUUCCAGAAACAGUAUCAGAGGAUGAAAAAUGAGUGGAAGAUGGCCAAAAUUGCACUGAUUGUCAUCUUGCUUUACGUCAUUUCCUGGUCACCAUACUCUGUUGUUGCUCUGGUAGCUUUUGCUGGGUAUUCCCACGUCCUAACACCCUUCAUGAACUCCAUACCAGCUGUGAUUGCCAAAGCUUCUGUCAUCCAUAACCCCAUCAUUUAUGCUAUCACACACCCCAAAUACAGAACAGCCAUUGCAACAUAUGUUCCUUGCCUUGGAUCCCUGCUGAGGGUUUCUCCUAAAGACUCACGGUCUUUCAGCAGUUACCCCUCCUCCAGACGAGCAACGGUAACCAGCCAGUCUUCUGAGCUAAGUGGGCCACAGAAAGGAAAAAGGCGACUGUCUUCUCUCUCUGACAGUGAAUCGGGCUGUACUGAUACAGAAACUGAUACCCCCAGUAUGUUCUCCAGACUUGCUAGCAGACAGAUUUCCUAUGAAACGGGUAAAGACACAACUCAAACCAGUGAUGUAAGAGCCAAACCUAAACUGAAGCGCCAUGAUUCUGGGAUUUGUGAGCAGACAGUUGUAGAUGCUGAUGACCUAUCCAUGGUGGAACUGAAUGUCACAGAGUACACUGCUACACCUACUGGAGGUGAGAGUCUGAAUGGUAUUGGACAAAGAAAAGGAGAGUCUCACCACGGACCAUCUGCAGCCCAGAUACCCAGCAUUACAAUAACAUACAGCAAUGUCCAAGGAGCAGACCUGCCUUCUGGAUACAAUCCCGGUUUCCUGCACCCUAAGAUCAACAGCCACAAGCAGAACGAGAAGUCAAACAGCUAAGUGAGUGGUGCAAGCAAGAAUGUCAUCUUAGCCAAUACCUCUGGAACAAGUGUGGACCAGCUGAAUCCAGAAUAUCUUCCUAUAUUGUUCUGAAAUGUUCCUACAAAGACACAACACAAGACAAGCAAGGAUAAAAGCGAGAGGAGUAAGCUUUUCAGCAUCAGAACUCCCUCAGUGGUUCACUUCUUGAUCUGAGUCACACUGUAAUUUUAUUAUCUCUUCUUUAUGCAGCUCAUGAAACAAUUUCUUCCGCUUGGAUUUUACUCUGCUCAGGUAUAUUCCGCCACUACAUGGAUCUUACCUACAAGCCUCCUAGGAUUAACUUGAGAGGAAAGGGUAGUAUGAGAUUCAAAACUGGCCUUUGUUCACUUAGUGUAGUUUAACUUCAAAGCUAUUACUGAGCUAAAGCUGUGAGAUUUGGGGGAAAACCUACAUUACUUCCUGAAGAUGGUUUCUUCAUUAGUGUGAAGUUCCUCAAUCAAACGAAAACUUAAUCACACAGUCAGUGCUCCCUUCUCUCAUUAAUGACACAUUUUCCCUCAUUUUCUUCUACAAUCCAAUCAAAAGGCAAUGCACUUGAGCAAUAAUUUGAAGUCUCAGAUCUUUAUUUUAAUAUCUGAGAUUUUGGGCAAAGAGAAAGGAAUCACACUGAGGAUGAGGCUAUGCUCCUUUCCAUACUUAGCUUCUUUUUCCAACAGUCACUUAAGAGACCAGUUUAACCCACUCUUAGAUAACUUCCCCAGAGCUAUAGGAAAGUAUUACGAAACUCCUUCCAACUUUCUUUUAGCAGGUUUCAUGAGAAGAAUGCAGAUUUCAAAGCAAUGUUUAUACUUAAACAUCUUAUGGGUAAGUCAAUACAUCUGCCUUCUAAUAUCUCAGUGGUUUACCUUUAGAUGUGCUUUUCUGAGGUAAACCCUGGGAGGAGAUGGGUUAGUUCUCCAAAAAUAGUUGUUCUAGAGAUGUGUGGAAUCCACACCACCCCCAUUUUAGCUUUUUAAUUUUUCCCUUCUCUAAACACCAGCAUCCUUAUAGUUCAGGGGUUUUUUUCACAGUGACUAAAUCGAUUAGAUUGUACUUUUUUCCCCUGAAAAGAAAGGAAAAGAGUUCUAUGAAAUAGUGAUUUUCUGUUUCUCCCUGGUGCUCCUUCUAGCACUUGACAAUAAAUGGACAGAAUUGAUUUGCAAUCUUUAGCAGUCUACAUCACAAGAAUUAGGAGGUAUAGUCAGUCCAUAGUGGGGAUAUAUACCUUCUGAACCCAAAAGCACGGGGCACAAAGAGCUCCUGAAACAGUUCUUCCCCAUGGGCCCUCCAGUAGUUCUCCCUUUGGUUGCAAUAAUAGAGGGAACCCAGCAAGUCAUUUUGUCCUAAGUAAAUCAGGUCUUCCUUAUGUCACACCAGAAAAAGCCAUAAAAUCAAUAAAAAUGUAACCAGCAUAUUACUUUGGGGGGGGGGAGGAAGUAAUCGGUGGGUUCCAGAAGAUUUGAGGCGUUGUUUUGAAGCAAACUUUUGGAAACUUAGUUCAAACUGAGGUUUAUUAAAUGGAAGGUUAUUAAAACUAAAAAUGGAGGUGAUAAUGACUUCUGCAGCAGCCAAGUGUUAGAUCAUGAAACAGUGGCCAUUCAGGCUGGUAAUAAACUGCCAAAAGAAACAAACUGCUCAAAACCUAGGAUGUUUUUAUGUAAAUAAAAUCAUAGGCAUUAGAGAUGGAAAGGAGUUAUUACAGUUCCUCCCUUCACCUACCACAAGCGGAUAUUGUCUCCAGGCAGAGGACAGUAUUAAACUGAUAAUAUAUACAGCUAGCAAUAAGGAGAAAGAAGGGAGAAAACAUAUCAUCUUCGAACAGGAAGUAUGUUCAAAGAUAUUCAUCAAGUCUAAGGAAUUUUAUUAUGACUCAUUGCUUAGGCUUUUAAAAUCAUUUCAAAACAUGAAGCAUGUAAUUCUUCCCAUCCUUUGCCAUGAAGGCCAUUCAUUCUACUGAAAACUGGGAAGAAAUGCUAGCAAAUGCUGCCCAUUUCAUACAGGUCACAAAAGGAUGAACCUGCCAAGAAAAGAGGUUAAAACUCACACAUGCUGUUUCAUGUGUAAAUAAGAAGUGCAUGGCAUGUGUCAUUAUAGACCCUUUGCUCCUGUCAUGAUUUUGUUCCCAAGUAGUAUUCUUGAAGACUAUAUUCUGCUCUCUUCUGCAUUCCCUUCCACUUUCAGACGAUAUAAAAAGAAUACUUCCAUGGCUAGAAAAGCCUUAUGAAUCUGCAGCAUGUUGUUCUCCAUAUCCUUCAACCCCAAUAUGUACUAGAGAUUAGGUUGUAUCUAUAAAAAGAACUACAGCUGUUCAUGCUCAUCUACUCAGAAGAGGCUUGAAAAGCAUACAUUAAUUAGGGAGAAUUUGGGAGCACUUCAAAACUCUUGUGUGUACUCCCUGUGUAACUAACAGCUUUGCCUUCCCUUCACCUCUGCUGAAACUAUAAAAAUCUUUCAGGGGAAAGCCUACAAAAUUCAUUUCACCUGAAUAUCUCUCCAAGUGAUUCACACUGUAACCCCAGUGGCAUUUGGAAUAAAUCAUUAUUAGUUCAUAUUUCAUCUCAUCUUAGCAGCUUUAUUUGUGUCCUGUAUCCUCUACUUGGCAGCCAUUCUUUCCGCUUUGCUGUCUCUUUACACCCUUUAACACAGAUGACUGAUUGGAUUAAAAUAAUUUAGGACUGAGAUGAUGAUUCAUGUUUCAGUUGAAGUCAACUGUACAGCCUGUUCUGCACUGGAGAGACCACCUGUAUUUUACCAUUCACUUGGGUAUGUUCCAGUGACUUGGGAGGUGUGAAAGGACUAGGGCAAAACUGAGGCUCUUCCCUUUGGCCUUUUGUGCAACAGCAGCUGUUCACAGUGCAGUCUGCUGGCAAAGGCAAUAGCAAGCGGUGUUGUGAGUUAACAGACAAGCUCUUCACGUCCAUGGGCUUGAGUUCAAAUCCAGACUUGGGUCACAAGUGAAAAUGCUUGGUCUGAUCAAUCAAGCAAUUCUGCAAAACUGCUGAGCAAAUGGUCACUAUUGGUGGUCCUGCAAAGAAGGUGCCAAGAACCAGUGUAAUAAAAGGCUGUUGCAAGUCAAGAUUGAAGUACUGCAUAUGGCAGCAGUCACAAGUUGCCAAUCUUUCCAAUUUUCACAUAGUGCCAGGGAUUUUAGUCCCUGUGUUUUGCAGGUCACAGCCUUAUUUUCCAUACUUUUGGAAACUGUUUUGCAUCCACCACUGGACUAAAAAGGGUCAUCACAGCAUGUGACAGUAAGUAAAUUUUCACACAUUCUCAGGUAAGACAGAGUAGUAAAGAGUAUUUUUCUUGAAGUCAUAUACAAAACCAACAGCAAGCUUGAUAUUCAGAAAAAACCAAAGGCACCUCCAAUGCUUUUUGGGCAUUUCUACAGCUCUUUAGGGCAUAACAUGGGUAACUUCCAUGUGUUCCCAUUUUCCUCAGUGUGACUGGUGCCAUUUUUUACUUAGGCCAAUCCAAGAAGUGCUGCAACGUGGCCCUCAUCUUUCUCUGAUCCUUCAGUGAAAGCUACUGCCAUCUCAGUAACUGACAGGGCAUCUGUCUCUGCUUCUGAAACCGCUAUUUCCACAGGGCUAUAUUGAGAGGGCCCUUAUCUGCAAAGCAAUGUUAGUAUCAUACAGCAGUAUUUCAGUGGCUGAGCAACAGGUAGCUGAGUUCAAACACUUGUACUUGUAGCCUUGCAGUUGUUAAUGUCAUCGGAAUGUGAGGAGUCCCAUGUUAUAAAUAGGUUUAUGUAAAAGCAGUCUUAAAACAAAGAAAUAAAUUAUUAGUACUGUCAUUCCUAGCAACCCUGGACAUGGGCCACAAUCCCAUACAUUAAAUGUUUCAUGUAGAACAAGAUUACUAGACCUUCAUCAAAUUUACAGCCUAAAUGCUCAUUUUCAAACUCACGCAAAGUUCACAGUUGUCAAGAUUUGUAAGCUGUCCUAUUUACAUCCCUUCUAAGGACAGUAGACUGAGCAGAUCAUCAGUGUAAGCUUAAUAAAUCCAGAAAAGUUUCUCUAGAGCAAAUCUAGCUUUAACAGUCUAAUAUAAAGCAAAAACAUUAGUAAGAAGAUUUUUUUUUUGUAGGAAAAUACUUCUUUUAGUUACAGCAGUCCUGGCAGCAGCAUGGUUCUGCUGGAGACACAGCACGGGAAUUCUAUGUACCUGGCUCGCAGAGCAAAGCAAAUGCUGUAAGAGUCAUGUCAGCGUAGGAAAAUGCGAAUACAUUUUCCAAACACUGAUAUCACCUCACUGUGUAUAGAGAUGUCAAGAUCUCGUGAUAUUAGACUACAAAGCUGGCCUCAUGGUGGUUGGUUGGCAUAUUACCUAAAAACACUUUUAUGCAAUGAAAUUGGCUCUCAAGAUUAAGAUUCACCUGAAACUGCAGGUAAAUAGUAGGACCAGUGGCUGGGAAGAAUGGAAAGGGAUUCAUCCUCUUUACAGGGAACUUUUCUUCCCUAUCCUUCUAGGGUUUGGGUUUGCUUUUUUUUUUUUAAUUUUUAAACUUACACAAACAGCAGUAUUGAUGCAGAUUUAGUACCAAAAACUUUUUUGAUCAUUUUCAGGAAAAUUUCAACCAACCCUUCCCAAGGAGACUUUAUGUGGGAGAACCUUUUUUAAGACCCAUUUUCAUUUGGGCUACUACAAUACACACUCAGUCAUAAUCCAUCAGAUGUAUGACUGAGAAGCACAGAAAUUCACAGCAAAAACAGCCUAAGUAGGUCUUCUGAUGCUGACUAUAACUCAAAAGAGAAAUAGAAUUUGUAGAAACACCCUUUUUAACUUUAUCAGGCUUGAGCCAAGCCUUAGGUAUGCUGCAGAGUGAGCUGCAGCUCAGGUUAAACUGUCUUAGCACACAAUCAAACACAGACAUAACAUGAAAGUAAGCUCAUCAUGGGCCUCUUAGUCCAUUAUUGUUUGGUGUUUUCAUUUAUGGAGUCGUAUGUGAUUUUCUAAUAUUACAGUUUAUUCUGGAGAUAGUUAUGUCCUACAUUAGUAAUGGGAAAUUUUAUGAUAGCGCAGUUGCAGUACAUGUUGCAUUAUAUGAACUUCUGUUUUUCUCCCUACAAAAAUCUGCUCUUAAUAUUAUCUUCCAACUUCAGCAUUGUACCUUGUAAUGAAUAAUUACCUUCAGCCACUAAAAAAAUUAACAUGACACAUAUGUAAAAAAGUUGCUAAGGGGAACUUUUGGGAACCAUGUUUCACCCACAAUGUAAAAGAAAGCCAUUAUUAAUUUCCCUCAACAUUUAGAUUUCACUGUGACUUCCACAUGUGUACAAGGAGAUGGUUCAGAAACAGACACAAAAAUCUGAGACUACGUCAUUGGAUAGCACAAGCUCUCCUAUGUAAGGUUUCAUAAAGGACAUUUCCUGAAUAGGCCGUGGGACAAUUACAGGCAUGCUUACAAUUGCUACAUAUUUUCCACUGACUGGAAAAAUAGAAUGGAAAAUCCAUACCCUUCCACACAGUGCCAUGCCUGAAGGGUCACACAGAAAGUGACUGUACCUCUAAUGUAACAGCACUUCCUUCAAAAGCCCCAGUACUUUAAAAAUGUAUUACAUAUGCCCAGAUGCACCCUUUGGAUUGGUAUGAUUGAUUUUUAUAAGGUUUUUCAGAUGCCUAAAUUAAUCAUGUGCAUAAACAUUUACACAACCCCUCAGGACACACCACUGAAAUGAAGGAGUUAAGAGUAUGUUAGGCCAGUACUAAAAGUUACCAACUUUUAAAAAUAUUUUUCCAUUCUAGUAUUUACUGCUAACUCCAUGGAACUGUACAUUAAUAAAUCUCCUAAGUUUCACAUUUUUUAAAGCCAAGGUUAAUACUGAUAGACGAGCUGGGCUGCAAACUGUAUUGUUAUUAGGCCUACUGUGAUUUGAUGUAGAAAGUAGUACUUUGGUAUAGCAAACCUUACAAAGAGGAGGAAGAACAAUCCUGAGAAAAUGCACAAAAGUUGGAACCAGAAGUUCAAGAUUCUAUUUUUGGGGUUUUUUUCAUGUUUUCUGUGUGACCUUGGCAAAAUUACUUAAUCUUUUCAUAUCUCAGUAUUUCUACCUGUAAAAUAGAGAUAAUAUGCUCUUCAUCAUGAAGCUACUCUCAGCUAGCUUUUGCAGGUUGUUCCAGGAUUCACAACUGGAAAUAUAAUUUCUUUUUUCCACUGUUCACAUUUUCUUCCUUUACUGUACAGUUAUCAAAAAGUCUAAACUAUACUAUUACAUAUGAAAGUCAGAGAUUGUUACUGAAGUGGAUAAGGGUUGCAUAGUAAUUUAUUGUCUCAAUAGGAGUUAUUCAACAGAAAUAAUUUACAGACGACGACCAAGCUGACUUCAGUCAUCAUUUACAGGCAUAUUUUACUUUGUAACAUGAGUGAAGUAGAAUCAAGCAUUUUAAUGGUAAAAUGUAAGUUACAAAAAUAUGUAUCAUGCAAUUGUGUACAUUCUUAGAUCAAGGAGCCCCAUAUGUAAUAAUGUAUUCCCUUGAGGAAACUGAAUAUUAAAAAUCACUGGGUGAAAUUUUGCUCUAUGGUACAUAAGCAAAAAGGAAAACUAUCUGUGGAGAAGGUGCUGAAACAGAUCUACGGGGAGAAGUUACUAAUUAACAGGAGGUGAUUUAAGAGAGGGAUCCUUGAAAGAGGGCUGAGGUCUCAUAGGUAAGGUUUGUCCCUUGAAGUCAGCAAAGUCAAACAGAUAGUAAAAUCAUUUUUAGGGUUUUCUGCUCUAUUAAUAGGGCAACAAUCAUCAAUGGAAGAAGGCAGUCAUUGACCAGCACUGUCAUCCAGGAAAAAAGGGCAACAGUAACAAGAUGAAGCACUCCUCACACAUCAAACCAACAAGAUUUUCACAACCUUCCCUGGAUAUUGCCUAGAAUGAAAAUCAGAGAAAACUGCAUAGUGCAGGCUGCUCUGAACAUCAGAUAGUUGUUUCUGUCCUGUCCAGACAUG